AUGGCGGCUGCAAACCACGGCUUGCAUUCAAAUGUUCCAGCAGACGAUGAAGAUGCGGGCCCACUACAUGUCCCUCUUCUUCAGUCCUGGAUCUCCCUCAGCUCUACAGCAAACCUUCAGCUCAAUCCCUCCUUUCUGCUAUUGCCCUGCUCGCCGUUGCCCCUCCCUCCUGGCAAGGAAAAUCCGGCGAGGCUAGACCAGCUUCAAUUAGCCAAGACGGCGUACCUUCCUACCUGA